GAAAAAAAGGUCCAAAAGUCACGAAAUUUGUGUUUCCUGGUGCGUCGUCUGCAAGCAGAAUAGUACAUAGAAAUUUUUCUUUUCUUUUCAUUUCAUUUCUUCUACAUUUUCGUGUUGUGCCUCCUCUCCUCCUCUGCAAUCACAAUAAUAAUAGAGCCACCGAUUCUCCGGGUUGACUCGGGUGAGCAACAAAAAAAGAAGUCAUGAACGGCGAAGAGGGAGCUCCAAGGGAGGACCCGUUACUAGUGAAGUACAACGCUAACGAUCUUCGAAUCGCUUCCGAGUUUCUCUCCAUUUGGCUCCCUUUUCUCUCCCGAGGUCUCUGCCUCCACUGCUCUCACACCCUCUCCGCUCGUAUUCGAUCCCUGCCCUCAGAAGUUGAUGAAGCUGUGGAACCACCCUUAAAACAAGAAGAGAAUUUAACACUUUCAACUCUGGACAACUUGGACCCAAAUGAAUUCAAUGAGAACCAAGACAGUUGCGAUACAAAUUCACUGGGUAAAGGGAAGGUUCUCUCUGAUAUGAAUGAUACAGCAGAUACAAGUUCACUCGGGAGUUGGAAAGAUGGGGCGGAAAAUGAUUGGUCAGAACAUGUUACCGAGGCCUUGACAAGCGAAACAGUUGGAUCACCAGCAGUGCCUGUUGAGAGCCCGAGGGUGCAGAUGUCGUGGGCUGACAUGGCAGAGGAAGAUGAACUUGAGGAGUAUGAAGAGACUCAAGUAAGUUUGCAGACAGUUAAUGGGCAUGCUCUGUCCAGAGAGGAAUCAGUGGCAGUGAAGGUUCGGCAGAGGGAGUACAUUCGGUUCAGUAGUGUGGAUAGGAAGAAGGAUUUUAUUUGUUUGGAGAGAGUUCAGGGAAAAAUUGUUAACAUCCUAAAGGGGCUGGAGCUUCACACUGGUGUUUUCAAUGAUGCAGAGCAGAAGAAGAUUGUUGAUUAUGUGUACAAGCUUCAGGAGAUGGGAAAGAAAGGUGAAUUGAAAGAGCGCACUUACACUGCACCCCAGAAGUGGAUGAAGGGCAAGGGGCGUGUGACUAUUCAAUUUGGUUGCUGUUACAAUUAUGCGACAGAUAAAAAUGGUAAUCCGCCAGGCAUCCUUCAGAAUAUAACUGUAGAUCCUAUACCUCUUCUUUUUAAGAUGAUCAUCAGGAGGCUUGUGAGAUGGCAUGUUCUUCCUCCAACUUGUGUACCUGACAGUUGCAUAGUCAACAUUUACGAAGAAGGGGACUGCAUACCUCCUCACAUUGACAACCAUGAUUUUGUUCGACCUUUUUGUACCGUUUCAUUUCUUAGUGAGUGCGAUUUACUGUUUGGAUCAGACUUGAAGGUUGUGGAUGCUGGUGAGUUCAGUGGUUGUAUUGCAAUUCCCCUGCCUAUUGGAUCUGUCUUUGUUUUAAAUGGAAAUGGCGCUGAUGUGGCUAAGCAUUGUGUGCCAGCAGUUCCUACAAAAAGGAUAUCAAUUACUUUCAGGAAAAUGGAUGAAUCAAAACGACCUAUUGGAUUUGUUCCUGAACCUGAUUUGCAAGGACUUCAACCAAUAUCUUAUGAAACUGAUAGAUCAAAAAGGCCGACUCUGUCAAAAUCAAAGCGUUCUGUGAACAGCCAGCCAGCCAGAAGAGAGGAUAGCAGAGACAAAGCAAGGAGAUCUGCAGGGAGAGGCAACAACUAUUUGAACCCUCCAAUCUCACUUCAGAUUCAAUGUGGGCCUUCUAAUAGGCGGACAGUUAGGGUCAACUGGGAUGCUUGAUGGUAUCAGUGUGGAAAGGGCUGCUUUCUCUAUCGUAUUUAUGUGCAUAUGGUUGUCCUGAGUCCCAACUGCUAUGUUAGUUUCAUUCUCAAGGCGAAGUAUUAUUGAUAUGUUUUUAUCGAGUUGUAUGUAAAAGAUCCAGGGUGAGUUGGAAUUUGGAGAGGUGUGCACUGCUUGAUGGAUGCAAUUGUGAACUUUCUGUGUGUAGCUGGGAUCCCUCGUAGCUCUGGACUGAUUUCACAUUCUGAUGCAUUGACAACGGAUUGUGUGGCGGCUAGUGAGGCAAGGUUAGAUCUCUAGCUUGUAGCCAGCUGAUGCGUCAUUUGAUCAACUAGUUUAAAGGAUUCAUGUCAUUAUGCGAUUCCAAUAUAAUUGUCUAUUUGUACGAGCAUUUUUCUUCUUUGGUUGAUGCUAUUUCAAAGCUUUGUAAAUUGUGAAAUUUAAUAUAGUAUAAUGCGUGCACUUAACCAAAUGAUUAGACUAUACAAUUUGGAUUUUAUUGAAUGAAACGGAAUCUCUUAUUGUGAA